CCCGGGCUCGGUGACUCAUGAGGCGCCGGCCGCUCCGCCGCGGGGAGGAUGAGGGAGGGCGGCCCCGGGGGAGGGCAGCCCGCCGCGCCGCCGCCCCGCUCCGCGCCUUCCCCUCGCUCCCGCGGUGCCCGGAGCGCGGAGGCCGCACCGGGAUUAGGUUGGUACUAAGAAGUGCCUUUCCUGACGUCGCUGCUGCUUGGGACCGCUUCUAGAGCAGCCGCUGCUUUUGCCUUGCUUGCUGCCAGCUAGACUGCGACGACAGCGCUCCGCCGCUGCCAGCCCCGCGCCCGCCGGGAGGACGGUCCGGCGCUGCUCCCCCGCCGCCGCUGCACUGUGCACUAAAGUGUGCCCCGAAGGUCAGAGCUCUGCUGCCCGAAAGCCAAGGAGAGGAGGAGAAAAAAACCCCAGCCCAAAGCCGGUGUCGGUCGUUGCUCUAAACUGCUGCAUCUGUCUAUGCCAAACUAAUCGAUCCCGAUUGCACCGCAGAGCCCGCUGCGAGCCCGCUGCCGGAGGCACCUGCCAGCCGCCGUCCCCGGGAGCAGCUCGGGAGUCGCUGCCGGAGCCCGCCACCUUCCCAUGCUUGCGGCGGCCGCACUCAGGACGGGAUGCUGAGCGCUCGGGGCUGACCCCGGCCCGCCGCCCCGGCCUUCCCCAGCCCCGCUCACCGUGCCACGCUCUCAACUCUGGUGACACAGCUCUUCCUCCAGAUCGCAGCCACCCGGUUUUACACGUACUUAUUUUAAAAUAGGGAGCGGGGGGGAAAAAAGUGUUCUGGAGGUGGCGCUUUCGUAAUUUCCAGUUUAUCAGUUCAGCUACUCGUUUGCCCAUUUUUAUUGGAAAUUUUAACUACCUGUAAAAUCUAAAGAUGGCUGUUAGCGUCACACCGAUCCGGGACACAAAAUGGCUAACGCUGGAAGUGUGUAGGGAGUUCCAAAGGGGGACUUGCUCACGACCAGACACGGAAUGUAAAUUUGCACACCCAUCGAAAAGCUGCCAAGUUGAAAACGGACGCGUAAUCGCCUGCUUUGACUCAUUGAAAGGUCGCUGUUCAAGGGAAAACUGCAAAUAUCUUCACCCACCACCACACUUAAAAACGCAGCUGGAGAUCAAUGGCCGGAAUAACCUGAUCCAGCAGAAGAACAUGGCCAUGCUGGCCCAGCAGAUGCAGCUCGCCAAUGCCAUGAUGCCCGGAGCCCCGCUGCAGCCCGUGCCGAUGUUUUCCGUCGCACCGAGCUUAGCCACCAACGCGUCAGCCGCCUUCAACCCCUACCUGGGGCCCGUCUCCCCGGGCCUGGUCCCCGCUGAGAUCCUGCCCACGGCCCCCAUGCUGGUGACAGGAAACCCUGGCGUGCCGGUCCCUGCCGCCGCUGCCGCCGCUGCCCAGAAGCUGAUGAGGACAGACAGGCUGGAGGUGUGUCGAGAGUACCAGCGUGGGAACUGCAACAGGGGAGAGAACGACUGCCGGUUCGCUCACCCCGCCGACAGCGCCAUGAUCGACACCAACGACAACACGGUCACCGUCUGCAUGGAUUACAUCAAAGGGAGGUGCUCCCGGGAAAAGUGCAAAUAUUUUCACCCUCCUGCACACCUGCAAGCCAAGAUCAAGGCUGCCCAGUACCAGGUUAACCAAGCUGCAGCUGCCCAAGCAGCAGCGACUGCAGCUGCCAUGACUCAGUCGGCUGUCAAAUCACUGAAGCGACCCCUCGAGGCAACCUUUGACCUGGGAAUUCCUCAAGCUGUACUUCCCCCCUUACCAAAGAGGCCUGCGCUUGAAAAAACCAAUGGUGCCACCGCAGUCUUUAACACUGGUAUCUUCCAAUACCAGCAAGCUCUUGCCAACAUGCAGUUACAGCAGCAUACAGCCUUUCUCCCACCAGAUAGCGGCAUUUUGAGCUUUCCAGUAAUCCAGUACUUUUCAAAAAGUUUGAAAAGUGUCUUUGGCACCUUGCCCUUUUUAGUUUUUCCCACUUCAAAUGAAGUGGCAUCAGUUCCUGUUUGGGCACAGUCACCUGGAAAGAGAGUUUCUCCAUCUGUCCCUACGAAGCCACGGAGAGCACAGACCGUGUGUGCCCCCAGCUCCAUGGACACGGAGCAGGGCCGGGGCAGCUCAGUGGCAUCUGAAUUAAAGUGACAUUUUUCAGGUUCAGACAGCCGAGGUGUAAGUGCUCAUUUGUGUUGCUAGUUGCUCCAGGCAGGGUAUGCAGGAGGGCUGGGGGCAGGACACCUGCAGAGCCUGCACGGGGGGGUUGGUCCCCUGUGCGGAGCUGGGCAGGACCCUCCUCUCUGCAGGGCACUUUGCUCCUCAUGUUCUCCCACUGAUACUCCAGAAAACCUCAGAUGCCUCUUGUGAAUUGUAAGGCAUUGUUCUGGCUGGCUGUGUGCCGGGGAUGUGAAGCACAUCCAGGGAACAUCCGUGCCUGGGAGUGGACACUGCACUCCAGCCUUAAGUGAUUAGAUGUUCUUCAGACAUUCAUCCCACCUCUCCCAACUAAAGCUCCCUCUGUGCACAGCUCCUCUCUUGAGGUGUCCCCGUAACCUGGGCUGCUGGAAGCUGUCCCCAGCUGAGAGAGGAGUUCAGGUGUGUUACAAGAAGGAACCAGGGACAUUUGUGCUGUUGAAGUAAGGGGAGUUAGUGGGCUGUGUCAGGAGCUCUGCGUGCCUUGGAGGUGUUCACGGCUUGGUUUGCUCCCUGGUCCUGGCUGCCAGCUCGGGACACCUCAGCAGAUGUGGCUGAUCCUCCUGCUGUGAAUGUGCAGAGCUCUGGGUCCUCAGACCUUGACCUGCUGCAUGUCCUGCAGCGACUGGAGAGUGCUGCUGGGGACAGGGGAGUGGCAUCCUGCCCCGGGGCCUGUGCCCAUCCUGUGCCUCAGUCCCCAUCUCCUCAGGAGUGUGAGCACAGCCUUUGCCCCAGGCGUGGUCCCCAGGUGACCAGAGUGUCCUUGAGAAGCUGCAUCCUCCAGGGGAAGGGCUCAGGUUGGCAGGAUGCUCCCAGGAGAUGAUGUUGUGGUGCAGCUGCAAGGGGCAGGAUUGCAGCUGGCAGCUGAACCCCCGAGCCAGUGAGGAAAGGCUGCAGCUGCCUCUGCAUCGAGUUAACCCUUUGUGUAUUUGUUCAAUUCCUGCAGCUUCAGCACCACAGACACCCUUGUUCCUGGCUGGGACUCUGUGCCCAGGGGCUUUCCUAAAGCACUUUCCUCCCUGGGGCUGCUGGGCUGGUGCUAAACCACUGCUCUCCCCCAAAACCUACAGGAAAGGUCACGCACCACUGCUCACCUCCACGGGAGUGCUUGUGCUGUCUGGAGUGUUGUUUUUAAUUAGGCUGUAGUAGAUUGGGCAGAAAAAAUAGAUUGAGGGGAAUAAUACAAGGGAGAAAAGAGAAAAAAAAAUAAUUAAAACAACAGUAAACCUAGAAUAUUUCUAAAAAUAGCUUUAUUGUGAUGCAGAAAUAAUCUGAUUGUGAAGUUAUGGUCAGUUACGUCAGAACAUCCUCAAAUUAAAAUUCUGCCUUGUGCCGAACAGCCAGGGAACACUGAAAGUGCACAUUCAUUAUUCAUGUGUUCUCAUUAGUCAGUCAAAGCUUCUGAAGUCAAGCUGAAUAUUAAGAUCAUAGCAGAAAUUAUUUUUAUUACUGGUAAGAAGGUCACAUAGCACAAUAUCUGUGUUUGGGCGUUAUGCCACCCUAGCAGGUGUUCUACUUUUUGCCUCAUGUUCAUUUGCCUAAAUUCCCUUUCAAAACCUGUGUGCACUGGUCAUAAUGUUAAUGAUGAUUAUUCAGACUGAAAUUCGGAGCUUUUAACUGAAGAGCUUUACAGGGAUGUUUCAGAGUGGUUAUGAGGACCCAGCUCGUGUGUAGCACAGAGUGAGGUACUGUUGCAGCUCUAGUGCAGGGUGCCCUGGGCACUUGUGCAGAGCCACAGCUCAGAGCUGCUCUGGAACCUCAUUAACGCCGCUGAGAGCCCGUAAGAGGAGCCAAGGAAGCAGUUUUGCUUACUGUUUGUACUUUUUAGCCAAAUUCUGCGCCAUUUGUUAAUCUUGCAAGUGAUCCCAUUGGCCCCAGCCGUCAUCUGUGCCUGAGGAGGUCAGGAGAGGCACCUUCACCCCUGCUUUGGGAGCAUUCUCAGUCUCUCCUGUGACACAGAGAAUUAGGAAACAUGAUGAUGCCCUUGCCUUUGUUGCCCUCCAGAUACAGCAGUGACAGAAUAACCUUGGCUCCAGCAGUAAUUAAACUGGCUGACUUCUUCCCUGCAUAGUGAAAUGCUCCUGAGGAUCCCCUGCAGCAGGGCUGGAGCUAUUUCCUGUCCCAGUACAGUCACGGGAUGUCACAGAGGCAGCAUUUCCUGCCUCUGCCAGUCUGCCAGGACAUGUUUCCAUUUCAAUUGCAACCUCAUUCCCAGAUUUCAGAGUUUAUUUCAGUUUCUGUUGUGUCAGUCAUCAUUAACAGUGUUAAUAAAUGUUAUUUGUUACAUUAAAAAGUAAAUAAUUUAUUAAAAAUGGAUAGUCUGGAAGAUCAGUAUAUGUUUAUCAUCUUGGAAGCAGAAAUAGAAGAUUGUGAGGUCAGUCUGGUGGAAAGCAUUUUGCUGUGUAAUGUAAAGAGAAUUGCCAACUUGGUGAUACUUUAAAAUUAUGCCAGAGUGAUCCUAAAAACACCUUCCUGCUCCUGGCUCUGGCUGCAGAGCAGAGCUCUCCAGGUGCUUUAUUGUUGUGUGGUCUGAAGGGAACUGGGGCUGUGAGCCCAGGCACCAACAGCUUAAAAUACAUCCUAAAAUGUAGAACAAGAGGCUGAACAGGUGUUCAGAGGUGUCACCAUGAGCUGCACAGGGAACAGCAAGCAUUCACCUGCAGGGGAGAGGACAGGACAGGACUGAGCUCUGUCACCUCCCACCAUCCAUCUGCUUGGACAGGUCCAACAAGGACAGCAGGGCCUGGUCCCGCUGCCCUUGCCUCGCACCAGGGAUUGCAGGCACCAGGAGGGUGAGUCUGGUAUCUCUUUGGAUGUGAGAAGAGCAAGGAAAGGACCAUGGCAAGGCUUGUGUCAAAAGGCAGAAAGGUUUCAGGAGUUGUGAGCUAGAGCUGAGGAGGGUUUUCCUGGCCGUGCUCCGGGGCCAGCAGGGUCCCAGCACGGCUCCAUCUGUCCCUGAGGCCUCGUUCUGAUGGAUCACUGUGCUAUUGUAUGGUUUGAUUGUGCUGACAGUUACAUGCCACUGUGCCCCUAAUAACCAUUUUUCUUCUUUGUUCAAAUGAAAUUUCUAAUUACACGUGUGAUGGGUUGUUUUAAUUCUUUUCCCUUUCCAAAUCCACCUUCCUGUUGCAAUGCAUGAU